ACGGAGCCAGUAAAGAGAAAGACUCUGCCCGGGUUGCCAAAUUGACGUCCUGGACGGUCCUGACUUCUCACUCCUGGGUCUAAGGAAUCCAACAUUUAUUUACCGUAUAGACUUUUAUAAACAAGAAACGGCACAAGCUAUUAAGCCAAUCAACAAACCAACAAUGGUGGACCGUGUGCCAGUCAUUGAUUUUUCGGCAUACAGCUUGGAUCGCGAGAAUCCUGUCCCAGAAGAAUUUCAGAAGCUUAUAGACGAUGUUCACGAUGCCCUUACGACCAUCGGUUUCAUGUAUCUGAAGAACUGUGGGAUUCCAGCUCAAACGAUCGAAGAUGCAUUUUACUACUCAAAGAAGUUCUUUUUACUGCCUACGGAGACAAAAAUGAAAUAUGUUCGGCCACAGAAUACAAACCAUGGAUACAUUCAAUUGGAACGAGAAGGGUUGAAUCCAGACAGACCAUUCAAUGAUUUAAAGGAAGCAUUCAACUGCACUACAGCAUCAGAACAUAGGCCUUACCCAGAUGAGGAGUUGCCUGAAUUCCGAACAUCACUGUCUGGUCUGUUUGAAGUUUUGGUCCCUCUCCAUAACAGGAUCUUAGAAGUCAUGGCUAGAGGACUCCAAUUGGAGGAUCCUCAGUACUUUGUUGAAAGACACAAGUUCAUUGGAACCUUGAAGAGCAAUUCUACACUCCGUACGCUGUACUACCCAUCGCUGGAUAAUGUAGAUGUGAAAGAGGACCAGGUCCGAUGUGGGGAACAUUCAGAUUAUGGUGGGAUAACCCUGCUGUUCCAGGACCCCCAGCCUGGCCUAGAGGUAAGAAACCUUGAGGAUAAAUGGAUCCCUGCCAAACCCAUUGAAGGUACGGUCGUUGUUAACAUCGGUGAUCUCAUGCAAAGAUGGACUUCUGACAAACUAAUUGCUUCGAAACAUCGAGUCAUGAUUCCUCUUGAUCAGAUCAAGAGACGGCAGGUUCGUCAGUCGAUGGCGUUCUUCGGCCACCCUGACAACGAUGCCGUCAUCGAGUGCAUCGACAAUUCCAACAAGUACCCACCGACCACAGGCUUGAAGUACCUUGAUAUGAGGUUUGCUGCCACCUAUUCGGGUGUUACUAAACUCGCUGCUUACUGAAAGAAUAACAAGUGUAUACUGUGUCGGGGUUUAAUCGAUUCAAAAUCAAGUACAUAGGCACUGUUCUCACUGCCAUCAUAAAAAUAGUUUAGUGGACACAAGUUAACCAAAUUUCACCAAAUUUUGGAAGUGGGGGUUUUUCAUCAUGCUCUACCAGAAUAUGGUAUCAAAAAUGCUGAGAUGCCGAAAAAGUGUUUUGUGAUGUCAUUACUUCGAUACUCUAGAAUUAAGUUUUCAAAAAACUAACUUUUUAUAUUUUUUGAUUGAUUAAUUAUGCUAAUAAUGAAAUUCUGUAUGUUUUUAUCUCUGCGUGUAUGUUUUUUCUGCUCAAAAUAUACUUGGACAAACCAGAGUUGAUUUUAUAUUUUUAGAACAUCAUUGCAUUUAUACUUGAAUUAUAAUAAGCCUUUUAUUAAUUCAGCAUUCUUCAUUACAGCAUUAUGAUUUGUCAUAUUUCUUGAAAUACAAUAAGAUUCUAAAGAUCAUUUAAAUGUGUAGAUAUAUGGACAUACAUUGUUCAUGUAUAUAGCAUUAUUUUAGAUAAAUUGCCUGCCAGUAAUAAAAUCAUAUAUUGUACAUUUAUAUUGCUAUAUUAUAUGUAUAUUCUCAACUGCACAUAAUACUUUAAAGGUGAAAUAGCGAACAAGAUAAGUAAACAAAAGUAUGAUAAAUUAAUAAUUAUAUGAAAAAGGGGAGCCUUAUGUCUCUACUAAUCAUGUAACGAAAAGUGACUUAUUUAUUGAAACAAUAGACACCUGUACAGAAGACAUUGCCACAUCAUCUGCCAUCUCAUUUCCCCUCCGGUUGCCUUACAGUGAGCUGAGAACAUUUCUAUUCAAACCACCAAUGUGUAGCUAUUAUAUGUUAAAACGGCUGUUUUCGCCUCACUGUACAGCCGCCGUAGGGGAAAUGUGACUGCACCGUAAGCAUGAAUCUACAAGCGCCUUUCCAAAUUUCACCAUUGAAAAAAAAAUCAUGAGGAAUGCUGGAUAGCUGCUGUAAAAGAAGUCUGAAGAGAUUCCAACCAAAGUACAUAGCACAGAGUCAACAUGUAUUUCUAAUUCCAAUAUUGAAUUCAUAUAUCCAAAAUUUGAAUUUAUAAAUUUCAGAUUCAUUUUUUUGGGUGUCUGCCUGUUAUCGAGGUGAUAUACUUGUACACUUAUACUUAUAGAUUUUUAAAAAGUUAUUACUUGAUGAGAUAUUAUUUGUGUUAUUAUUGUCAUUCUUGAAUUUAAAUCUAAAAAAGGCUAUGUUAUCUGCCUGGGAAAGGUCUGAGGCCAGCUUGUGUGUCACGGAUCACUGGUCAAAAUACUCCAUCUGUAAUACCUCUUUGUGUACUAUUUAUCUAUAUACUUAUACAUGUGUUUCUAUUUCCCAUUACAUACUCAUCUAUACCCGCCACAUCAUUUACCCACCAAUCAUUGAAUACAAUAUUGUGCUUGUAAAUACAAUUCCUGAAAUUAUUCUCCUGAUUAAUAACCAACAUU